UGAAGCUAGAGGAGGCGGGGCCAAAUUGAGCGCUGGAAGAUUGAAGCAUCGCUUGCCCACACUGGACGUGUCUACUGUAUUCCGAGAUGUCUGGCCUACGAGUAGGGCCAAGAACUACGGCUGUGGCCCCUAAGCCGGAGCUGAUCCCUUCCUGAGUGGAAUGUCAGAUUCAGAAGAAGAGUCUAAAGAUGAGGAGGAAUGGAUGCCGGAGGAAAAACCCUCUAAAAAACAAAUCACAGCCGCCAAAGCAGCUGUGAAGAAAACGGCAGCAAAACCAAGGAAGGCUGCUGCCCCCAAACCUAGAAAGGUCGCUGCAAAGAAAAUAACCAAAACUUUGAGCGCUGCUGAAGAGGAUGGAGAAGCCACUCAGGACCAUGACGUUCAUAUGACUGAGGCUUCAAGGGAACAAGAGACGUUAUCUAUUGUUCAACCCAUUAAAAAGGAAAAGGCAAUAAAAUUAAAUCCAAAAAGCCCAGCAAAGCGGAAGAGCAGUCUGAAGCUGGUUCCAAUAAAGGCAGAACGGAGAAGCAUUGGCAUUGAAGAUUUCCCCUCUACUAGCAGCCUGGACAUGGGAGUGAAAGUAAAGAAUGAGUUUCCUUCCAAGGUGGAGGAAGAAGAGCCGCCAGAUGAUUUCACAUUUGGUGGUCCACCGGUCAAGAAAAUGAAGACGUCUGCUGAUCCUGCGGGGAAGGUGGUGAAAUAUAAGGGCACCACUUCAGGCUCUGAUGGCUCUGACAUGAACUGGAACAUUGUUGAGGUUUUAUCAGAUAGAACAAAUAUUGAGCCCUGGGUUUGCUCCAACCUCAUCCAGCUCUUUCAGGAUGAUAACACCAUACCCUUCAUCGCUCGGUACAGGAAGGAGCUCAUUAAAAACCUGGAUGCAGAAGCCUUGAGAGAAGUACAGCAAAGCCUAGAGGAAUUAAGGUCAGUUUCAAAAAAAGCUCACAAUCUGGUAGAAAAACUGAAGAAAGAAGGGAAACUGAACUCCAGCCUACACACCGCCAUGCUGAACUGCAGAACAAUGGAUGAAAUCGAGCAUGUGUACACACCUUACAAAACUGGAAGCAAAGGCACCAAAGCUCAGAGAGCCCGGCAGCUGGGACUGGAAGCUGCUGCCAAAGGACUGAUUGAGUCCCCCCAACAACUUAACCUUCAUAUGUACAUAAAUCCGAACACAGAAGGCCUAUCAACACUUCAGGACAUAGAGACGGGCGUGCAGCACAUCUUAGCAGACAUGAUUGCCAAAGAUAAGGACUCGCUGGAGCACAUUAGAAAUCUCUGCAAACAGAACUUCGUCUCCCUCCAUUCCACACUGGCUAAGUCAACCGGAAAGGAAAAGGAAGGAAACGUGAAAGACGUCGACAAAUUCCAUUUAUAUCACAACUUCACCUGCAAUAUAAAUCGAGUCCAGCAUCACCAGAUUCUGGCCAUUAACCGUGGGGAAAAUCUGAAAGUCCUGACAGCAAAGGUCACCGUUCCUGACAGGGUGAAGGAUGCGUUCUGUAGGUGGUGUGUGAAUGAAAGGUGGAGACCAAAGCAAUUUGCAAGACCUGAGUUCAUGAAAAUCCUGCAAAGCUCUGUAGAAGACUCCUACAAGCGUCUCAUUUAUCCUCUCCUCUGUAGAGAGUACCGUUCCAAGCUCACGUCAGACGCAGAGAAAGAAUCCAUUAUGAUGUUUGGAAGAAACCUGCGCCAGCUGCUGCUUGCAAAUCCAGUUAGAGGACGAACUAUAAUGGGUGUUGACCCUGGAUAUAAGCAUGGCUGUAAGCUGGCCAUCAUUUCAGCCACCAAUCAGAUUCUUCAUACAGAUGUGGUGUAUCUGCACACAGGACACGGGCGCGGAAUGCAUGAAGCAGAGAAAAUCAGACAACUCCUGCUGAAUUUCAACUGCUAUACAGUUGCUAUUGGAAAUGGAACAGCAUGCAGGGAAACUGAAAGAUAUUUUGCUGAUCUCAUCCAAAGGAGGUUUUUUGCACCGCUUAGUGUGGUCUAUUGCAUUACUAAUGAAGCAGGAGCAUCAAUCUACAGCGUAAGCCCGGAAGCUGCCAAGGAGAUGCCAGACCUAGACCCUAAUCUACGAAGUGCAGUUUCCAUAGCAAGACGUGUACAAGAUCCAUUAGCUGAGCUGGUGAAAAUUGAGCCCAAACACAUUGGCGUAGGAAUGUAUCAGCAUGAUGUCUCGCAGGUGCUGCUGAAAGGCAUCCUGGACAGCGUGGUGGAGGAGUGCGUCAGCUUUGUGGGGGUGGAUAUAAACAUCUGCUCCGAGACUCUGUUGAGACAUACCGCUGGACUGAAUUCUGUUAGGGCCAAAAAUGUAAUUGAAUGGAGAGAGAAGAAUGGACCUUUUAUUAACAGGGAGCAGCUCAAGUGUGUCAAAGGGCUGGGUCCAAAGACCUUCCAACAAUGUGCCGGCUUUAUUAGAAUUAAUCAGGAGUAUGUCAAGAACCUGUCCAGGGACCAAUCAGGAGGCCAAGGAUCGAAAGAGCAGGUGACCCAGGGCAAAGUAUCCAAACAAGGCAAGAAGACAGCAAAAUCUGCGCCUACAGUGGCCAAGCCAAACCCGCUGGAUCAGACGUGCAUUCAUCCCGAGUCAUACGGCAUAGCAAUGAGAUUUCUUGUACUUGUGGGUGGAAGUACCGAUGAUAUAGGGACGGAGAAAAUACAAAAGCAAAUUAAUGGAGUCAUCCAACAAGAAGAAAUUGAAAGAGUAGCCGAAAAAGUAAAAACCACAGUGCUGACCUUACAGCUCAUCAUCGACGGUCUCUGUCAGCCUGAAGGUUACGACAUGCGUACAGAAUUUGAUAAGACCGAUUUCAAGACCAAUAUCGUCUGCCUUGAAGACCUGAAGGUGGGGACCAUUCUAACCGGGAAAGUAGAAAACGCUACGCUGUUUGGUGUUUUUGUGGACAUCGGCGUGGGCAAAGCCGGGUUAAUUCCAAUGCGAUAUAUAAGAGAAGACCGACUUUCCAAGGAGAAGAGAAGGAGAAGUCUUGGACUAGGACCCGGAGAGAGGGUGGAAGUUAAAGUUCUAAAUGUUGACAUUAGACAGUCAAGGAUCACGCUGGAACUUCUACGGGUUUUGUAGUUUUUUGUUUUUUUAUGCCCUGAGAUUCUGUUAGGAGAAAUUCUGCCUUUCCGACAUGUAAAGUGCCACUGUGAUUUAGGAUUUGGAGCUGAAAUGCCAGUCGGGAAUAAACUCUGGCAGGAUACUUUGUUAUUUUUGUAACACCAAGUUAUUUCCUCUCACUUCACCAUCUGCAACGUCCUCUCCUUGUUUUUUAUAGUCCGCAGAAUAUAGCAGAAACACAGAGACAGGGAGCUUUUUAACUGUGGUCAUUCAACUUAUUUCAUCCACUUUGCCAGUACUGCACAAGGCAUUUAAUAUGCUGCAUGGAAAUCUGCGAUGGCAAGUUGGCGGUGUUUACGCGGAGUGGGAACAUACCCAAUAGUUAACGUAAAGCUAGAGCAUGCAGUCUAAAGAUGCACCAAAGUUGUCGCAGUGGCUCAGGCUGGAUGAUCCUUUUGGUGCAUCUUUAGACACCUUUGUCUAACUUUGAGACUUGUUGAUUGGCUUAGGCCCCUUUAUUGUGAAGCCACAACCUUGCCUCCAAAGCAUGUGCGCCAGUUUUUGCCCCAAAUUACCAUAUACCUACAUUUUAGCGCUUCGUAAGUCUCCCCCAUUUUCUUUUAUUUAUGCCAGGUAGGAUACAGAAAUUAAUUUUAUUUGAAUACACAUUAGUUCUCCAUGACAGGGGUGCAUGGUUACCAGAAAAUCUCAGUAGUGCAGCAUCAGCAUUUUAGCCUGUAAUUUCAAGCAAUCAUAUCUCAGCAUAGAAAUUAGAUAUAUUCACAUUUUUUAUGUGCACUAAAGGGUCUUUAGUGAUUUCUUCUGGUAUGACUGUUUUAAUUGGAAACUUUGGGGGAGACAUCUUAAAAUAAAAGAAAAACUGACUGGCUGCUAUAGGCAACAAAGAACAUUUUUCUUUUUGACAGUUUUUAUAAAUCUCUCCAUUUUGCAUAGUUGCCAACAGUCUCAAAUUUGAAGGGAUUAUUCCAAAUUUUAAGAGCAAGUUUAUCUUGUCCCACCGAAAAAUAUUAACCCUACCAAGAAGUGGGUAAUAUAUACUGUUUAUGGUCUGCAUUAUUAAUGGAACCCCAAUACCUCAUGGCCAUUAACAAGCAGACCAACUGAACAGUGUGGUCACAUUAGUUUAAUUAGAGCCGUGUUGCAAGCAUGACACGACCACGCCGCAUAGUCAUACCCUCACUCUUGUAACCUAUACAAGCAGUUGUGUGGCUUCAGAGGUUACAGAAAUCCAAGGUAACCAAGGAAUGAAGAGCCAGAUUUAGUGUAUACAGAUGGCACAUGACCUUUACUCAGUGGCAUAACUACACAUGACUGGGCCCCACAGCA